CUUUUGUAGCACGUACAACAAACAAUGGCAGGAGGCUCAGUCCUCCCUCAUGGAUCUCCUUCAACAGGAGAUACCAGAGCAGCCUCCAAAACCAGAAAAGGACCGACUGGCUGCAUUCCAGUUGCUGGCUACCAUGUACAUAAAAUACAUCCAAAUCUUCAGAAAGCUGGAGCAGUGUUAUGACCAGAUUGUUCAUCCGCAGAAGAGAAGAGUAUUACGUCAUGUCUUGGAUGGAACCAUGGGAAGAAUAUUAGAACUGAAGCAUGAAAUGGUCAACCUUGAGUUCUCAGAGUAUCACUACUUUGAUGAUGUUUUGUCUGAUUUGAAAUUAACUCCGAAUGAUGUUGAAAUCCCUAUUCCAAAAUUCUUUAUCAAUGAGAGAUAUGAUGUCUUAAAAGAAAGAGAAAAAUUGUUGGGUAAAAUACUGGCCAAGAUUGGGCCCCAAGAAAAAGAAGAUCAAAAAGAGGAACUUAAAAUGUCCUUGGAAGAUGCCAUUAAGCUGAUUCAAGUUCAUGAGCGAGCCCGUCAGGGAAGACUCAGAGCCAAAUUUAUGAAGGAAAUUCGAGAGCAAGAGGAACGAGACAGGAAAGCUCAGACUCAGGGUGCCCCUACCCUCGACCCUGAUGUAGCAGCUAGUCGAAUUCAGAAGGUGUGGAAAGGUUUUGCACAAAGAAGAAGAACAAAAAAAGAAAGGGAUGAAGAAAUGAUAUUCAUUGGCAUGGCACCCCCGCCUUUACCCACAAGUAUCAAGAACACUCCCCAGGCCUUGGCUCUGAAAACUGAAGCUACACGACGGAUCACUCAGUCUAAUCAUGAAAAUGAAUACCAGCAAGCCCUGGGUACCAUCAAGGAGAAAAUCAAGGAAACAGAGGGUCCUGACAUUAAAGAGACCAUGAUGGACCAAAUCAGACAGUGGUUCAUUGAGUGCAGAGAUGCACAAGGAAAGUUUCCAGAAUACCCAGAUGAGGAUGAUGGGGGAUCAGCUCUGAUCUUCAAGGAAAAAAGUCCAGAGGAGCUGGAGGCUGAACUGAAUGACAAGGAUGGAGACAAGAAAGGAAAGAAAGACAAAAAAGGAAAGAAGGACAAAAAGGACAAGAAAAAGGACAAAAAAGGAAAGAAGGAUAAAAAAGGAAAGAAAAAAGGAGGAGAUGAUGAGGAAGAGGAAGAGGGCUGGAAAAUGGCAGAGUCUAGCUUUGUUCCAUCUAUCAAUGAGGGAACAGAAAAAUUUAAAUCUGUGUGGAUGACUCGGGAUGAAAAGGACAACUUUUCCCAGAAACAUGAUGCUGAACUCAUCAAAGAAGAAAAACGGAAAGAAGUGGAAGAAGAAAUCCGUAUACAGGUGGAUGAACUGAUGAGGGCGGAGCUGAAAAAUCUGAAAGCUGCUGUUGAUAGAGAUAAGGGAAAGAAAGGAAAAGGAAAGAAAUCUGGGAAAAAGAAGAAGAAGAAGGGAAAGAAGAGUGGAAAGAAAGGAAAAAAGAAGAAGAAGGAAAAGGAUUUGACUCCAGACAGGACAAUAGAGUCCCUCUAUGAGGAGCUAGUCAAGGAGGGGAUCAUAGUGAGGUGUCCUCAGAUUCGUCUGUCCGAGUUUGAGGGCGAGUACAGUUAUCUUGGUACCACACUCAGACAGGCUAAUAUUGAACCCAUGCCCUCCCUCAGUGAUGUCAGAAGAUUGGUGACUGAAUUUGGGAUAUUACCACUGGGGUCCCAAGCAGUUCAUGAACAGGCCCCACUUACAAAGUCUGUCCUCCUCGCUGGCCCAAGGGGUACAGGGAAGAAAAUGCUAGUCCAGGCUAUCUGUAAUGAGGUUGGAGCCAACAUGUUUGACUUGACAGCAGCAAAUAUAGCUGGCAAAUACCCUGGAAAAGACGGUCUUAAAAUGCUCAUACAUCUUGUAUUCAAGGUUGGUAGAGAGUUGCAGCCCUCUGUGAUUUAUAUAGGAGACUGUGAAAGGAUGUUUAAAAAGAAGAUCCCAAAAACUGAUCCAACUGAUCCAAAAAGGCUUAAGAAAGAGCUGCCAAAGGCCAUGAAAGGAGUGAAGUCAGAUGAUCGUCUGUUGUUGGUGGGAACCUCUCGGUGUCCUUUUGAUGGGGAGAUGAAGCCGUUGUGCAGUUUAUACCAGAGAAUUAUUCUCAUUCCACGACCAGAUUAUGCCUCUAGACACUUGCUAUGGAGGAGGCUGAUCUUAAAGAACAAUGGAGUCAUCACCAACAUACUGGAUGUUAGCUCCCUGUCCAAAGUCACUGAUGGCUACACACCAGGUCACAUGUUGACGGCCAUCACCCAGGUCCUAACAGAGAGGAGGAUCCAAACAUUGUCCAAGAAACCUUUACAGUCGGUGGAAUUUAUAGCUCCUCUCGCUCGGAUUGACCCUAUCUACAAAGAGGAGGAAGAGGCAUUUAAGGGGUGGUAUGCCAAGACACCACUUGGGAAGAAACGUGCCAAGGCGGCCCAGGCUGAUGAAGAUGAUGGUGGGGGAGGUAAAGGCGGGAAAGGAGGCAAGGGCAAAAAAGGAAAGAAGAAGGGAGGGAAGAAAAAGAAGAAAUAAACUGUAAAGCUUGAUGGGAAGUUUAUUAUCAGAUGACUGUGAUAUAUGUUUUUGUCAAGACAUUUGAAAUGAGUGAAACACAAAACCAGAUUAAAUAUUUGUAAUAGAGGAAUGUUAAAAAAAAUGGAUGACGGAAUGAAGAUUUUUGUUUAUAUAUGUGUAUAAUGUAUUGUUUAUGAUAAAUAAUUUAAAAAAUUAAAA